AUGAGCGAGAUGCGUCCAUUGACAAAAAAAGAAGCAAAGAAACGACUACACCGGAAGGACUUCCCAGAGCCAGUCAAGUCCCGGAGAGAAGUACUGAAAGAUAUUAUGCAAUCGUCAAGUUCGGAUGAUGAAAAAGAGCGUCAGGUCCGCUGCUUGUUCGGCAAAUAUUUUGAGGAAGAUUCGAAAGGUUGUGGACAAUUGUUUUGAGGUCGUUUCUUUUUAUCAAAUUUUUCAGUAAACAUUCACGGAGCUGUCGCCGAAAUGAUGAAAGGAAUGCCGGUCAAAGGGAAAACAAGCGGUCAUAAUCUGUUAACUUGGUACUUGGAGGAUUUCCGAAAAUGGCUGCAGGACUCUAAAUGCGAGGAGAAAUUACGAGAAGAGAACCUGACGGCCGAUAUUCAGAGCACGGCGAUGGAGUACAGCAAUCAAAAUCAGCUGACUCUUGUUAGUGAAAUAUUCCAAAUCACUCCUGAAAAUCUUGAAAUCGGUGCAAGGAAGAGAUUCGAUGACGCUCUUAAAAAAAACGAUUACGACGCCGCUCAUAUAUUGGCCAGGGAGCACAAUUUUGCCGGCGAAUAUACGUUUGAAAGCCUCGCACUUCCGCUCAUUCUCUCUGGAAAAGAAACGAAGGCAUACGAGCUAAUGGCCGGCCACCCGAGUUUUCAAAAGGAGCUCGUCAGAUUCUUGGAUCGGUUUGUCGAACAAUCUCCUGCGUCGGUGGAAAGUGUUCUCCAGCCGUACAAGGAAAAACACAUAAUGACGGUUUCGUUUGAUAGAUUCCACGGAAAAGCACUUGACAAGAUGCUGAACGGAAUAAUUACUAAAGUUACGAAGGAAUACAAUUUUGAUCCGGAUCUUCACAAAUAUGCGCCGAGACAUAAAGACAACUCCGACUCCAAGCAGCUGAAAUACAAUAUCACCCAAAGAUUCGACGGCCCAGACUAUAUUUCGGACGACAACUAUUACCAGCACAUGACGUCGACACUCGACGCGACGACUCCAAAAGUCAGAGAAGAAAUUAUUUUUCACCUGUGGUCAUCCGAUCGAGAAGAAAAAAAGCAAGUGGGAUGUUGUGUUUUGCGGUUCAAUAAAUAAUUGCAGAGUCGAUGCCAUCUCGUGGGUUUUAUACCUUGGACUCGACAAAACGAAUGCGAGAGAAGUUCCUAAACUCAUGGUUGAAUACUUCAGAUCUCCAGAUGGCAUGGUUAAAAAAGCCCAGCAGUUGCUCAUCGACAGAAAGUGAAUUCAAUGCAAAAUCUAUGCUUAAAUGACAAUUUCGCACUUCAGAGAACAACUGGUCCCUUUGGAUGGAGAACGUCUGUACGUGGACGAUUGUGGCAAACAGAUUCAGAUCAAUUCCAUCGAGAACGAAUCGGCGCUGAAUGAUUUAUGCUCGAAUCUCAAGUUCAUUGAAAGCGACCCAGAUCCGGUGUACGUCGGAUUCGAUUCGGAGUGGAAACCGCCAAACUUAACGGAGCCCAAGUGAGUAGAAUGAGAGGUCGCCUGAUGAAAUUCCAUCUGAUUCCAGCUCUAUGAAGCUAGCAGUCAUGCAGUUGUACUUCCGGGAUACUGUUUGGCUGGUCGAUUGUGUCAAACUUGAAGAGCAGAAUCCGAAAGUACGAGACGAGACUUGGCUGAAAUUCGCGCAGAGACUUCUCCGAUCGGACAAACUCAAAGUGAUAGGAUUCGAUAUGCGGAACGAUUUGGAUGCUAUUCUGACGAUUCCGGCACUUAGGAGCGUGAUCAAAAUGGAGGAUAUCAAUAAUGCUUACUGUGUGAAACGACUGACGGAAAACGUAUGCGAAAUUGACAUGGAAAUCUUGGGUCUUGCGAAGAAGACGUUCAAGUUGUCGGAUCUUACACAUAAACUUCUCGGAAUCACUUUGGAUAAAGCGGAACAGUGCAGUAACUGGAAGUGCCGACCGUUGCGCAAAAAGCAGAUAGUUUACGCCGCACAAGACGCCGUCGUCGUCGUGAAAGCAUUCCAGAAGAUUGUCGAGCUGACGAAGAAAUAUUCAGAAUCGGUGAAUUUGAAGAAGCUGACGGAAGAGUCGAAUGUGAUGGCUCCGAAGAAAGAGAAGGGCAGAAAGGAAUCGCGAAAAUUGAACACUAUUCCAUGGUCCGAAAUCUAUGAGACACUGCGUGGGCACUGUGAUCCAAGCAAGCCCCGCAAAAGGCCGUUCGAACUGAAAGUCAUUGUCGAUACGAUGCUUCUUGGCUUCGGAAAGCAUUUAAGGUAUCGUCUCCAUCGUCUCGUAUUCAUUAAAUCUCUUACCUUCAGACGUGUCGGAGUCGAUGUCUACUUACCCAUAGACGUGACCGACUUUCGUGAAAAACUGAAAUUGAUGAAGCGAUUGGGCGGAGAUCUCCAGAGGCAUAUAUUAACUGUGCCCUCAAAGAGUUACGAAGCGCUUCGGGCCGAAUACGAUCGUUACACAGUGGUCAUUCCGGAACUGAACGAAAAGCACCCGAUCGAUCAGCUCAUCUCGUUCUUCGACCGUUUCAACGUGGACAUUCGUCGCGAGGACGAGUUCACCCGAUGUUUGGCGUGCAACUCUCGACUUUUGGUCAAGAUUCCCAGCCCAGUCCUUCAUUUUCUUCAUCAGUACUGUGUCAUCCACGUACAAAAUGUUUAUCGGGUGGACAUGUAUCAAUUCCCCUUAGAAGGCGAGUCCAGACACGCGAACACAAAGAAACCCGUUUGUUAUAGACUGGUGGAAUGAGAUGCUGGACAUUGAUCCGAGAGAUUACGAUGGUGUCAAAGUGGAAAUGAGCCGUCCAACGCCUGAGAGCAAUUGGAUUGUGGCCACGGUCCCCACCGGAUGUCUUCAUAUCACGUAAGCAUUUGCGAACAGUUUCAGGCUCUUUUACUAAUUCUAUUCCAGAAGAAACACAGUGAUUCAUAACAACCUCCCUGAAGGCGUCGAAGUGCGUAUCCAAAGCGUUCCUGACGACGAAUUCCAGCGCCCAAACCUUUGCUUCUAUGUGUGCGGAGAUUGCGGAACUGUGAACUACGACGGCCGAGCAUCAUACAUUACCUCUAGCCAAAGCAACGAUUCAUGUCACUAA